UCCUUGUGAGACACAGCCAUAUAAUAAAUACCUUUAUUAACGUUUCCUCUCGGUUUCUAAAUGACUUCAAUACUUCAUUUUCAUUCUUCAUUUUUUUCUUCAGUGAACUGAGCCGAAUUUAGCUGCCAAUCAUUUGCAAACUGUUUCAUUACGACCCUUUCACUGUUUUAAGGGAACAAUAGUUUCUGCUCCUGGGUUGUUCUAUACAGAACCAGAUCAUCAAUUCGCUACGGCCCAGGGUACUGAUCGAGGCAGCUUCGAUUCUAGGAAAUCGACCGCUACCGGUCAACGUUCAAUUCCUUAGAAGAGGCUGACUAUCAUGUGCCUUUCGACGCAGGAACACUGAACACUACUGACUCUUCGUUGGAUACUGCUCAGUAAGAAGAUGGCAACCGAUCAAGUUUUCGAAAAUCAUGUGCAACAACAGCCUAGAAACUAUUCGAACAGUUACCUCGAUUUCCUGGAGGCAGUAAGAAAUAGAACAGAGGAAGAUGUGAGGUGUCUACUGCCGAUAAGUCCAAAUUGUUCAAGAAGUGAAAAAAACGAUGAGGGUGAUCUCACGCAGAAGCAGAAACUUUUGAAAGCCCUUGAAAGCAAAGAUCCCGCUGAAGUUUGGAAGCUAAUAGCGGAAGCCAAAGAGUCUGAUGUCAAGACCCUUGAAAGUCUAAAUGAAAUUUGUCAAUCGGUGGCCGAACACGAACGUCUAAAAGAAGAGGGUCUGUUCAGGGGCUUGUGGGGCAAACUGAGAGGCCAAAUAAGACGUACCGGUGGAUACGGAACUUCCGGAAGUAAAUACCGUGAAGACAAAGAAAUACAAACAGAGUUUCAACACGAAGAGGAACAACAAUGGAUCAGGAUACUCUCCGACCCACUUUACAUUGGCUUGGAAUGGUUGUGGAGGAAUAAUCCUAACAACAGAAGAAUACCAAGAGAUAGGAAGUCUGAGGACAUCAUCGAAACCUGUCUUGACGACGCAUAUCUCCUGGAGAAAAUUGCUUUGUACGAACAUCACUACAGUCGAGACGAGUACAUGAAUAGGGCGCUGGAGUAUGAAAAAUUUGCAACCGAUGUUAUCGAAGGAAGUAAUCUGGGCCAACUUCACGAGAUUUUGGAUGUGGAGGGAAGUGGUUGCUUAUUGCAGGAGAAACCAAUGAAUUUCAACCAGAGUUUGACUCUUCUCAAAAUCGCUGCCGAUAAAGAAAGAAAGAAGUUUGUGACGAGUCCGAAAUGCCAGUCCGUCCUCAACGAGAUUGUUUACUAUGAGUGGCCGUACUGGCAAAAUAUGAGCUGCUUGAAGAAAAUGGCUUGGUUCUUUUUCCAGCUCCUGUUUGUUGCAGUUUCCUGCAUCUUCUACAUACCCGUACGCUUGGCACGUAAGUUCCCUUGCUGUGACAAAGAUGAUAACAUCUGGUGGAGGUUCAGAGAGAAGUACGAACAUCCUUACUCUAAGUUUAUCAACCACACAAUGUGGUACCUGGCUUUUCUUUUCAUCAUAUUUUCGACCUCCUUUGAGAAAGAGUUUGGAACGACAGAGACAGGACUUGUAUGGCUUGGUAAGUCACGAGGGACAGAGUGUUAUGCCGUAUGGCUUCUUGCGUGGACUUACUAUCAUAGGAACUGGAUGCCAAGGGAAUCGUCAUUUAUCGUAGCAGAUGUCUUAUACGCAAGCGCCACUGUAGUUGCGUACUUCCAUUUGACACACAUCUUUCAAGUCGACUCAGUUCUGGGCCCUCUGCAGCUGUCAUUGUACAAAAUGCUUAAAGAUGUACGUAGAUUCCUUUUCAUCUUUCUGGUGCUGUAUAUUUCGUUCGUCACUGGCGUGGUUAAGGUAUACUCCUACUAUGUCGCCUCACAGAUGAAGUUACAAAAAAUGAACGUCAGUUACUUCGAAGAGUCCCAUCCUUAUACCAAUCAUGUGAAUGCGUCGAUCGGUUUGUUUUGGAUGCUUUUUGGUGUCGUGGAAGAAGAGAAAAUAUCAGUGCAAGACCCUGAUUUUGUCCUUAUAGCCACAUUUGGCCACCUUUUCUUGAUGGCUUACAUGGUCUGCACCGUUAUUGUUGCUUUAAACAUGCUGGUCGCCAUGAUGAACAACUCCUUUGACAGAAUCAUGGAAAACGCUGAUAUGGAGUGGAAGUUCUCAAGAGCCCGAAUGUGGCUGGAGUGGAUCGACAAAGGCGGUACCAUGCCGGCGCCUUUAAACAUAGUCUACUAUAUCUUGUACUUAGUGAUCGUUCAGUUCUGUGGCAAAUUCUUGGACGAAGAAAUGCAAGAGGCCAACAGAGAGAGAGACGAGGCAACAGUCAGGAAGGAGAGGCGCAAGGAAAUUGUGAAGGAUCUGGUGGUGAAGUAUUUGCAAGAUCGCUACUGUGGAAAAAGCGUAGCAGAAAGCAACAAGGAGGAUAACACAGGCCUGAAAAACACAGAUUUAACCGAGAGAGGAGGAAAACAUCCCAAGAAUAUCGACGACAAUAUUAAUCUCCUGAAAAGACUGGUGGAUCGUCAGACCAAAGAACUUGCCGAACUUAGCAAGAAAAUCGAUAGUAUAAUUAAGUGACCAUAUAUUGUCUCAAUGUUGUGUGACAAACAUUCGAAUAUUUGCUAUUAAUAUUCAUGGUAACCACUGCACAUUAUUUGAAGAUAAGCUUAGCUUAAUUUGCAGCGAUUAACUAAUUGUGACAAACAGGUUUCCCUGUUUUAACUAUAAAACUACGUUUAUUUGUAAUACUUGAAAUUUAGUACCAUAUUAUGCAGGAAGCAUUAUUUAUUUAGCUUUACAAUAACAACUGGAACAUCAAAUAAACCCUAAGGAAAAUUUUUUAUAUAAUAACUGUUGUGCUAAAAAUACAAAAAAGGAAUAAUUUCAUGAAUAACAAAUAAAAUAGGAAAAUUGUCAGACGAAGAUAUACUUUUGCUCAUCAGAGACAGUAAUUUUUGUUUUUAGCAAAAUUUAGGCUGUAUUGUUCACGAUAUAAUAUUCUAUUGUACUAUUUAGUGGAAACAUGUUAUUAAACUGCGCUGAAAACUC